AUGGGAGCGCCGGGAAUACCCGGACCUAUUGGUGUAAUUGGACCGACGGGUCCUCGUGGUGAAACCGGACCUCCGGGUAAUUUAGGUCCAAUGGGUUUACAAGGACCUAUUGGACUUGUAGGCUCUACGGGUGAAGCUGGAAAGCCAGGUGAAAGAGGAGACCCCGGACCACAAGGACCAAUUGGUCCACCGGGACCACCUGGGCCUCAAGGAUUCACGGGUGAAAGAGGAUUUACGGGCGAACGUGGCCUUGAAGGUGCAAAAGGCGAUACUGGUUUGCCUGGACCUCCGGGGACUAUCGGUGAAAAAGGUGACAGAGGGGAGGGCGGUCCUGAUGGUCCUCCAGGACCACAAGGAGCAAUUGGACCAGUUGGUCCAACAGGUCCGAUGGGACCAAAAGGAAAUCGAGGUGAAGAUGGUGCAACUGGACCUCAAGGGCCCGAAGGACCACAAGGUGUGCGGGGUCCACCAGGUGCCACCGGACCACCAGGGCAACAGGGGAUCCUAGGAGAAAAGGGGGAUAGAGGAGAAUCAGGUCUGAAAGGAAACCAAGGGGCAGCGGGUAAAGAACUACAAUUUCAUGAAUUAAAACCAAGAAUAAGAGGAUUACAGGGCCAAACCGGACCACCUGGACCUGAAGGGAAAAGAGGACCUGCCGGUUUGCCUGGUAGCAUCGGGAAACAAGGUUUGCCGGGUGUAGCGGGACCAAAAGGUGAGCGGGGAGAUGAAGGUCAACGUGGAGCUCAGGGUGCUCAAGGUGUCGACGGCCCUAUUGGCCCUCCUGGAAAACCGGGUGAUAUAGGCCUACCUGGACCAAUAGGCUCAGACGGGCCACAAGGAAUAAGAGGUACACAUAAACACGGAAUGUCUGACAAUUCUGCUAAUUUCUGUCGCAGAGAACCUGGACAAAUGGGCAGUCCAGGAGUCCAGGGACAACCCGGUCCACCGGGUCCAACUGGUUUGACUGGAGCAAAAGGAGAUAUGGGAUUAAUAGGCAUCCCAGGAGAUCCAGGCAAACCUGGUUUACCCGGUCAUCAAGGUCCAAAAGGCCAUGCAGGUCAAGUUGGUGCACCUGGACCUGUUGGACCCAUAGGACCACCAGGACCAAAAGGUGAACGUGGAAGUACAGGAGAUCCUGGACGUGACGGAAGUAAAGGACAACGUGGAAACCCAGGCGUAACAGGAAAGCAAGGCGCACGUGGUCCAACAGGACCAAAGGGUCUCGAUGGCGAAGCCGGUUUAGUCGGACCAUUAGGACCGCCUGGUGAAAAAGGUGAUCGAGGUCCAAUUGGACCAGCUGGACCACAAGGAGCUGCAGGAAAACCAGGAGUACAAGGCCCUCCAGGACCACAAGGCAAUAUUGGACCUCAAGGUGUUGCAGGGCCGCGGGGUGUUGCAGGUCCAACGGGUGACGUAGGACCAACUGUAAGUAUUAUCAAACAUUUCCAAAUUGUUAAAAUUAAAAAAAUUAUCAGAUAAUCUAUUGACUUGAUGAAGCUCCCUAGUCCAGUCAGUGUGAUCAAAAUUUGGUUUAAAAUUAAUAAAUUAUUUGAUAUAUGUGCAUAGGUUUUGUUAUCGUGUGUGUUACUUUUUGUCGUAAACUUUUGAUUAAUCAUCAUAAGAAAACUAAAAACUAUUUUGAUAUGUUCUAUGGAUUUUAUCAAAAGUACGUGGUAGUGAUGAGUAAUUGGAUCGUAGGUAUAAAAUGUAACGUUGAACAAUAAAUAUACUAUCAAUUUGACCCUGUGUCAAAUUCCAGUUUUGUUGGUGAUCCAAAUAUCGACGUCAUUAAAACUGAUAAUUAAAAUAAACAUUUGCAAUAGACUAAUAUUCCAUCGGUUAAAUCAAGUAAAAUAUUCCAAACAGACCAUUCCACAGUGGAUUGUCGACCAUAUUUGUAAAAUGAUUUAUCCAUAUUUGGCAUACGAAAAUAGAUACAGUAAUGUUAAUAUGAUUAAUUGAUGUAGAAUAGUGAGAAUUGAUAUAACAGAUAAAAAUAGAAUAGUUAUCGUAGCAAUUAUUAUGGUUAUAUAGGAUAUACGUUGUUUUGAUCAUUCAUAGAACAGACAUUGAACAGUUGUUAAUAGACAAGCGACGAAUGCAUAGAGACCUAACAGAAUGUCGCUGAAUAAUACGAGCUCAACACCAUGACGAUGAUGACAAUUAUUUCGUACAUUAUUGAAUAGUAAACUUUUUCACUACUAUAUUUGAAAACAAUAUGAACAUUUUGAUUAUGAUUGAUUGGUAUUGCAUUUGCUCCGUUAACUAAUUGUAUCGAUAUUAUUGAUUUUGUUUGAAUAACUACGACCGUUAAUGAACUUUGGUGCAAAGAGGAGUACAUGGUCAUGGAUUGUUGAUAUUUUUGACAAAUUUGAUAAUGUCACAAAUUCUAAAAUUAAACUCAUUCGAAUUGAAGAAUAAACAAAAACAUGGUUUAAGUUUUGAAAUGUCUGUACCUGUCUAUCGAAAGUCUAUGGGGUGUUCCAGUUAGCUGUGUGGAAGAAAGAAAAUUAAAAUAUUGUUUUAAUAAGAAAAAUAUAAGAAAGAAAAUUGCAGAUUUCUCAGUGCGUGAAGAAUUUGGAAGGGGGGCUGUAGUAGCACGUUAGCCCUCUAUAACUUGCUAUAACAAAAACAAUCUCCAGUUCGGUUUUACACACCAACAACGAAUUAUUAUUAUGAUAAAAUAUUUUACAUAAAAACUAAUGUACAAUGAUGAAAUAGUAACAGUUAAUAAUAAUAUCUAAUGGUUGUUGAUGAUAAUAAUUGAUAAUCGGCUUCUCUUC